AUGACCGACCUAUUUGGCUUUGACGCAGCACCAGAAGAUUCACCCAUCCCUGAGUGUUUCGAGGUCUACGAAGCUCGUAAGCCCCCUUCAAUACUGUUCAGCCCAGGCCAAUCGGUCAACUACGAUAUUGAGUCAGCUCCCUUGAAAGACAGCUCUUUCAAGGACCUCAUCCUCGAUUCGGACAAACCGACUAGGAAGACACCUCAUGGGGAGUUGGAUCGUCGUCCACCGCCAAGAUCUACUCUAGACGAUGCUGUUGCUUUCUUUACUGACUUUGUACUGGAAGACGACUUGCUCCAACAGAUGCCGGAAGCGAGCAUGGGGAGAGAUGAUGCUACUAGUGCUCUUCCUCCUGAACAUGAUGGGAACAACAUGGAAGAUCCUAUCAACCCGGAUCGCACCAGUGUAACUCAAGUCGCACCGCCAGAGCUUGAGGUCUAUCAGUCUCACAAGCAACCCUUAACUAAAGAGGCGCGCUUUGAGCUGGUGUUGUAUCAAUCUCACAAGCAAUCCUCAACCCAAGAGGCGCGCUUUGAUGAUGAUACUCGAAAGCCUGACGGGAGAAAUGGUCCACCACCUUACAACAGCUUUGAGCAUGGAUUACAACCAACUGAGGUUGAACUGAAGAACCCAAGCUCGGCUGUGAAGUCUCGUGAACGCGAUUGGGAGCGCCUUCGCAGCUACUUUGCAUGGUUGCCCAAGCUAGUCAUCCAGAAGAACUCGGAACACUACUUGGAAGACUCAACUCAACUAGCUACGAUAACUACUAUAGAUAUUACAGUAUUGGCGCCUUCCAACUUUGUAUCUACUUCUAGAGCUAGUCACCAAAUCCGAGCCCGGCAAUGCCGCAGCUUCCUACUUGCUGGAAAGCACAGAUGCAGCAAACGUCAUGGCACUGAAUCGCCAAGCUACAAUGAUAGUAUCAUUGAGCGGUCUCCAGGCCUAUACCACCAAUGUGCUUGUAGCGGAGCUAACCAAAGUCUUCGCUUCGAUGGCACAGCUACAAUAAGCUCAAGCGACAAUACAGUCACACAUGGGCUCACUACAACUACAAUCAAUGACAAUCAAUGGUAUAGGUCUUUGUCACUGUACAUUGGCAGUGAGCGACUUCCUCCAUUGGACAUACAUUGA